CCCAAUACGGAAGCGGCGGGGUACUGGGGAUCCAACAGCCGGUGGGUCCAGACCAUGGGGCAGCCCUGGGCGGUGGGGAGCGCGGAGGGGGCGCCCGCGCGGCUGCCUCUCGUGCUCACCGCGCUAUGGGCCGCGGCUGUGGGCCUGGAGUUGGCCUAUGUGCUGGUUCUGGGUCCCGGGCCACCCCCGCUGGGACCCCUGGCUCGGGCCUUGCAGCUUGUGCUGGCGGCCUUCCAGCUGCUCAACCUGCUGGGCAACGUGGGGCUCUUCCUGCGCUCGGACCCCAGCAUCCGGGGCGUGAUGCUGGCCGGCCGCGGUCUGGGCCAGGGCUGGGCUUACUGCUACCAAUGCCAAAGCCAGGUGCCGCCGCGCAGUGGGCAUUGCUCCGCCUGCCGCGUCUGCAUCCUUCGCCGGGAUCACCACUGCCGCCUGCUGGGCCGCUGUGUGGGAUUCCGCAACUACCGGCCCUUCCUCUGCCUCUUGCUUCAUGCUGCAGGCGUCCUACUCCACGUCUCCGUGCUGCUGGGCCCUGCCCUGUCAGCCCUCCUGCGAGCCCACGCGCCCCUCCACACUGCCGCCCUCCUCCUGCUGCCCUGGCUCAUGCUGCUCACAGGCAGAGUGUCUCUGGCGCAGUUUGCCCUGGCCUUUGUGACCGACACGUGUGUGGCAGGUGCACUGUUGUGCGGGGCUGGGCUGCUCUUCCACGGGAUGCUGCUGCUGCGGGGCCAGACCACGUGGGAGUGGGCUCGGGGCCAGCACUCUUAUGACCUGGGCCCUUGCCACAACUUGGAGGCGGCCCUGGGGCCCCGCUGGGUCCUCGUCUGGCUCUGGCCCUUCCUGGCCUCCCCGUUGCCUGGGGAUGGGAUCACCUUCCAGACCGCAGCUGAUGUGGGCCUCGUGGCUUCCUGAUUCCAGGAAGAGCCGGAGCUGUUCAGAGAGGGGGUAGCAGGAGAGGGGGCUCCUAACUCCUUUCAGGCCCACCCCUGGCCUCAGGAGGGGAGGUGGGUUGGUACUUAAUACCUUUCGGCAACUCCAGUCCCAUCCUUGGCCUUGCCCCUGCCCGGCUUGGACUCCGGUGUCCAGGGCUUGGGUCCUGCAACUCUGCCUCUAUUGAGCCCCGAGCAGAGUGGACGGUUUGCUAAGGGGCUGCUUGGCCAGCCUAGUCACCCCUUUGCCGGGUUAAUAAAGCGCCCACUUGGUUCUUAGACUCCCUCCAUCUUUCUGGGUUCCUGGUCCCUCACGGUUGCCCCCGGGCUGCUGUUUCUGGUUUCCUCUGAUUGUCACGCAUGGGAACCACAGAAUGCCUGAGGUCUGAGGGGCCAGGGCUCUGCCUCCUGUGGCUUUGGUGUGGUGGGGGUGGGGCACCAGCAGACCAAGGCAGCAUGUGGUGAUCCCGGGAAGGAGAAUCCCCAACAGUCUUUCCCGGGUUCAGUGCUUUAUAGUUAGAAGCGUCUCCAAAGCACUCACUGUGCCUGUCUGGCUAACCUGGUACCAGGGGCAACGAUUACGAGAGUUGAUGUGGUAAGAUCAUGGCGGCAGUGAGUGGAGGAGUCAGGAUUUGAACCCAGAUCUCUGUGCUUUCUCUUCACGCUUGCACAACUGAGGAAAGUGAGUAGCAGAGUCAAGGCAGAGAAAUCAGGUGGGAUGUUCGAGGCCUGCAGGAGGUGCUCAGAAGGCUAAGCUCUUCCUCCCUGGACUCUUCCGGAGCUCCCUGUCAUAUGUUCUUAUUUAAAUAUAGUAAAUAGACUUUCAGUCAAAUGUGGCAGGUUUACCUCUGUUUCCUUUUAAAAUCUAAAAUGAUAAGACAUAAAACAGAUAUAAAUUUGCACGGAUAAAGAAAAUAGAAGGGAGAGAGGAGUAGACCCAAGAGCCUGAUGACGUUCUGAAAGAUGGGAAGUGGAUGGAGGCUCAUUUCCUCUUCUUAGCAGAGACUAGAAGUUAAUUCCUAGCGGGAGGGCCAAGAGGCAGCCAACCUGCCCCCCAGAGCCCUGGAGAGGCUCUGGAACUCUCCUGGCACCAUGGAAGGCAGGGCUUGGGACUGACAAUAGGGACUGGAAGUCUGUAUGAGGAGCAGCUAGGUUCCCCCUCCCCCCCAAGGUCCCCUUGCAGCCAAGCAGCUACCCCUCUGAGGUACAGGUGGGGGCCAUUCGAAGCAGCUUUGGGUCUCAGGGGAGGGUGGGGGGUGAGGGGCUGGACCAAAAAUGGGGUUAAGUGAAAAAGUCUACAGAUGCUGCUGGGGGUGGGGGGUCGGGGGAUGUCCUGCAGUGACAUGGCAGGCUUGUCACCCAGGAGCCCUCAGAGAAGCCCAUCCUUCUGAAGGCCCUGCCCAUACCCACAAAGCUCUGGGCUGCUAGGACUUCUUUGUCUUCCCAAAAGGCGCGUUCAGUUGCUAGUUCUUAACAGUUAGGAAUGUGGUGUGCCUGGCACUGUGGACUGUACGGAAGCAUUGGUAGACUUGUUUCCUCCUCUGCUUUCUGUCGUUUUUAUUAAAUAGUAAGGAGAUGCAAGAAAUUUUAUAAAAUAAACUCCCUCUCUCCCCCCAUUUAAGAAGUGGAUACCACUUCCUCUGAAGCCCAAGCUGCGCCCCUCCCCGGUGGAGAACAAUGUGCUGUCUGAAUCAUUCCCUUGCUUUGUCUUGUAAUUCGAUUACCUAGGUUUGUACUGGUUUUGCAUGCUUUUGAAUUUUAUAUAAAUGGAAUCAUACCAUGUUU